GCACGAAACAGGAACCGUUAUGCAAAACAAGGAUAGUGUUAUUAGCACAGGCGGCGAGCAGCAUGAUCCUUUCGACCUCGAAUCCCAUAGCUUUUCCACUCGCCAUUCCUCUAAGGGGCCGGCGUUGAGGGUGGUGUUGCAGCUGGCGUUUCAGAGCAUGGGGAUUGUGUACGGAGACAUCGGAACGUCGCCCCUGUACGUCUUCUCCAGCACCUUCACCGACGGCGUCCGCCACCACGACGACAUUCUGGGGGUUCUCUCUCUCAUCUUUUACACUAUCACUCUCAUCCCUCUCUUCAAGUACGUCUUCGUCGUCCUUCGCGCCAACGACAACGGCGAUGGAGGGACAUUCGCUUUGUACUCUCUGAUAUGUCGUUAUGCUAAAGUGGGACUGCUCCCAAACCAGCAAGCAGAGGACGCGCAAGUGUCUAAUUAUCAGUUAGAGUUGCCAAGCAGUGAGAUGAAGAGGGCCUCUUGCCUCAAAUCCAAGCUAGAGAACAGCCACUCAGCCAAACUCUUCCUCUUGUUCGCCACCAUGCUUGGCACUUCCAUGGUCAUCGGCGACGGCGUCCUCACUCCCUGCAUCUCUGUUUUAUCUGCUGUGGGAGGGAUCAAGCAAGCUACACCUGCAAUGACAGACGAUAGGGUUGUUUGGAUAUCAAUAGUAAUUCUUGUGGGACUUUUCAUGGUUCAGAGGUUUGGAACUGACAAAGUUGGAUAUAGUUUUGCUCCCAUUAUCUGUUUGUGGUUCACUCUCAUUGGAGGCAUUGGUGUUUUCAACUUCAUCAAGUAUGACCCCACUGUCCUUAAAGCAAUAAAUCCGAAGUACAUAAUAGAUUACUUCACCAGAAACAAAAAAGAAGCUUGGAUUUCACUUGGUGGAGUUGUGCUAUCCAUAACAGGAACUGAAGCAAUGUUUGCUGAUGUUGGACAUUUCACAGUUCGUUCCAUACAGAUCAGUAUGUGUUCUUUGACCUACCCUGGUCUUAUACUAGCUUACACAGGCCAAGCCUCCUUUCUCCGCAAAAACAGCGAUCUUGUUUCAGAGACCUUCUAUAAGUCCAUUCCAGACCCUUUGUAUUGGCCAAUGUUUGUGAUAGCUGUUUUAGCAUCAAUCAUAGCUUCUCAGGCCAUGAUCUCCGGGACUUUCUCUAUAAUCCAACAAUCCCUCUCACUUGGGUGUUUCCCUCGUGUGAAGAUUGUUCACACAUCGGCCAAGUAUGAAGGACAAGUUUACAUCCCUGAGAUUAACUUCAUCCUCAUGUUAGCUUGUGUAGCAGUCACUGCAGCCUUCAAAACCACCACAAAAAUUGGCAAUGCCUAUGGGAUAGCAGUGGUGUUUGUAAUGGUUCUCACGUCGGCUUUUCUUGUAUUGAUCAUGAUUAUGAUAUGGAAGACCCACAUUCUUCUGGUUAUCAGCUAUGUCCUUAUCAUUGGCUCUGUGGAGCUUCUCUAUCUGAGCUCGGUGCUAUACAAAUUUGACCAGGGAGGGUAUCUCCCUCUGGCUUUUGCUGCAAUUCUAAUGACCGUCAUGUACGUUUGGAACGAAGUUUACAGAAGGAAGUACCACUACGAGCUAAAUCAUAAGAUGUCUAUGCAGAAACUAAAGGAGAUAGCAACCAACUCUGACAUCUGUCGGAUACCUGGUCUUGCCAUGUUCUAUUCUGAGCUUGUUCAAGGAAUCCCUCCUAUUUUCCAGCAUUACGUAGCAAAUGUGCCCGCUUUACACUCUGUUCUUGUCUUUGUGACCAUCAAGUCCCUACCCAUAAGCAAAGUCGCCAUGGACGACAGGUUUCUGUUCUGCAGGGUGGAACCUAAAGAACUCAACGUGUUUCGGUGCGUUGCGAGGUACGGGUACAACGAUGUGAGGAACGAGCAAGAGCCUUUCGAGAGAGUGUUGGUGGAGAAGCUGAAGGAAUUUAUGGCUAGAGAGUUCUGGAUGUCUCAGAAAAUGAUCCCAAGUGAUGAAACCGAGGACUGUGUCGACGAAGUUGAGGAAACAGAGCCAAUGGUUGAUGAACAGAGACGAAUGCAAGAGGGUAUUGAAGCAGAGAUAGAGACGAUAGAGAGGGCAACUAGGGAAGGGAUUGUCCACUUGAUUGGAGAAAACGAGGUGAUUGCCAGAAAAGGAGCAGGAAUGUGGGAUAGGGUUUUGAUAGAUUAUGCUUAUAACUUCUUGAAGAGGAACGUGAGACAGAGUGGGAAGGUGUUUGAUAUUCCUCACAAGCGCAUGGUCAAAGUGGGAAUGAAAUAUGAGCUUUAGAACUGUUAUAAGCUUUCUGUACAGGAAAAUAGAAUGCAAGACCAGGCUGAAUUCUCACA